AUGAUUGACCCAAACGCCAUCAAUGCAGUCCUGAACAUUUUCGUUCCUUCAAUUCGAGCGCACCAAGAAAAGACCUCAAAGCCCUUCGUCCUAGGUCUUUCCGGCCUCCAAGGCAGCGGAAAGUCAACAUGGGCCGCAGCUCUGUCCAAUGCCUUGGCAUCGCAAUACAACAUCAAGAACCGUACACUGUCUUUGGAUGAUCUCUAUCAUGAUCAUGCAGAGCUUGUGGCUCUUCGAGAAGCCAACCCAAAUAAUGGUUUGCUUCAAACUCGGGGCCAACCAGGAACCCAUGAUGAGGUCCUCGCAAAAGAGUUCUUUGAUCAAGUUCUUCGCCGGGGAGAAAGCGAGAAGAAGACUGUCAAGUGGCCUGCAUACGAUAAGAGUCUUCAUGGUGGGCAGGGCGGAAGAGUCCCAGUUGAGGAAUGGGAUGAAGUUCCUUUGGAUCAGGGUCUCGAUGCACUUAUUUUCGAAGGAUGGGCUCUCGGAUUUCAGCCUCUAACGAAAGAAGAAGUCACCAAAAAAUGGGAGAAGGCUAAAGCCUCUGAGGCGCAACAGUCUGAAGAGUGGUCUCUCACCAACACUCUCGCGAAUCACGAACUGGAGCAUCUCCUACUGAUCAACGAAAACCUCAAAAGAUAUUGCGAUACUUUCGCGGGACCACAACAUUUUGACGGGUUUCUUCACUUGAGCACGAAUAAACUCGUGCAAGUCUACGAGUGGAGGCUAGGUCAAGAGAGAGCUUUGAGGCAGCACAAGCCGGGAAUGACGGAUGAGCAAGUGGUUAAAUUUGUCAAGGGGUAUAUGCCUGCUUAUGAACUUUUCCUUGAACGUCUUCAAAACGAGAACUUAUUCCAGAACGACGCAGAUAGGGCGUCGGGAAAGAAGCAUGUACAAGUGGUAUUGAACAAGGCAAGAGAAGUGACAGAGGUGAAGGAAGUAUAA